UAGGCGGGUCCAACGUGUAGUUGAGGAGGUGGAUGUACAUGYUAUAGACAAAAUAACGUCCAAUUUUGUUUUGAAACGUAUUAUGAUGAGCUACAGAAAGUAGAUAACUAGUAUGUAUUAAAUGGAGGCAAGUAACAAGUAUACUGGGACAUCUAGCUAGCUAACUUGCUAAAAACGAAUGGUCCCUCGGUUACUGAACUAACUAACAGCACCAUCAUCAUGGAAGGAGUGGGCACAACCGAAAACCAAUGUAUGAGUUGAAGGUCAGAAGUACAAUCACAUCAACUGACAUAACAAGCUACAACCAUGUACUCCAGCCCAGACGUCUGCCUUAAAUCUGGCAGUCACAACAGUAGCAGUAACAGCAACAGCAUCACUGAACUCCUGGGCUCCCUGUGUGACAGCAGCCUCACUGGGGUGUCAUGGAAACGUCGUGCUCUAGGAGGGGUGUCCCGAGAGGGGGUCCGCCGCACCCUCAGAAAGCGUGCCUACGGGGCCCUGCUGUCCAAACUGUUCCAGGAGGGCUCCCCGAAAGGGUUCUUGUCAGUACCUAGUGCCACGUCCACCACCCCACCCAGAAACAAGCUACUUAUGAUAUCCUUUGACCUGCGAGUGGCGGGGUGCCAGGACGAGGCCGAGAGGCUGGAGGAGCAGCUGGGGAGGCUAAGUGAGGGGCCCGCCUCGGGUCUGAAGGAGCUGGACUCUGUGCUGGAGCUCUUGGUGCAGCUGACUGGCUCUGCACCCCCACCCCCGGCCUCCUUCAGCAGGGACUACAUGCGCAGGGAGAGGCCCGUGCUGAGAAGGCCUCCGCUGGGGGGCUACCAGAGCGAGGAGCUGCAGAGGUUGGAGGCCCGAGCCUGGGCCCUGAUGUGUGGGGAGGAGUGGGGAUCCCUGAAGGGUCUGUGUGGGACUCUGGGUCUGAUGGAUGCUCCUCCGGGCACAGGCCUGCUGGCACUGAGGAGGAGGUCAGACGUAGAGGAGAGGUUUGAGAAGGAGACCAGGAUGUCUCUAUUUGGAGCCCUGCAGCACUCCCGUACCUCAGACCUGGACAUCAGGCUGAAUCUACCUCCUGUGCCCAGCAAUGCUGAUGUCACUGGGCUAGCCAUACGGGUGCCACCUUGUUUGGACCAGUUAGAAGAUGAGGGCUUCCAGUCAGCCUCCAACCUAACCCCAGACUCCCAGUCAGAGCCCAGUCCCAGCCCAGAACUUGAUGUCUGGGACGCCCUGAGGACUUUUGAGCCUGGGAGACGCCGCUGCUGGGAGUCUGUUGGCUGCCCACCAGGGAAGAGGGAAUUCCCCUACCUGACGGAGGGGGGCAGGGAGGCUUUUGAUCAGCUCUACAGGCUGUGGGAGGGGGAGAUGAGGGUGGUCUGCUCUGCACCCCCCUCGCCCCUCCUGCCCCUGCCUCUGGACUGUCAGACCCAGCUGGUCAGCGACCUACUUAAUGUAUUGAUCGGGGUGGCGUCUACUACCUUCCCCCUCAACCAGGUGUGUGUAAAUUUUGACGUUCGACCCGGAGUGUGUGUGUCGGGAGCGUCACCGGAGAGUGUGUCUCGUUUGCUUGGCGAGCUGGCUCAGUAUGGCACCCAUUACCUGAGGCUCAGCCGCUUCGUUCUGCAGAGUGCCCAAAAGAGAGGCCUGGUCUUCCAGGCGUUUACAGGUGGGCUGCGUAAGUACCUGCAUUACUACCGGGCCUGUGUCCUCAGCACCCCUCCCACCCUUAGCCUGCUCACAAUCAGCUUCCUGUUCCGCAAGGUGGGCCGGCAGCUCAGGUAUUUGUCAGAGUUAUGCUGUGUGGAUGGGGCAUCUGGUGUGGGCCAGGCUACCUUCCCUGUGGGAGUGACGCUGCUCUCCUACCUGUACAACGAGGCCCAGAGCAACUGCAGCAAUGAGAACUACCCCGUCCUGUUGUCCCUGCUGAAGAGUAGCUGUGAGCCUUACACACGGUUUGUGUCAGACUGGGUGUACAGUGGAGUGUUCCGGGACGUGUACGGAGAGUUCAUGAUCCAGGUCAACGAAGACUACCUCAGCUUCAGAGACAAGCACUUCUGGGUGCAGGGCUACACACUGAUCUCCCGUGAUGUGGAGGACUGCGUGCCUGUCUUCCUCCGACACAUAGCCAACGACGUGUACGUCUGCGGGAAGACCAUCAACCUGCUCAAGAUCUGCUGUCCCCAGCAUUACAUCUGCUGGUCGGAGCUGCCCGUGCCUCGCAUUGCUGUCACGUUCUCCCUGCAGGAGGUAGAGGAGAUAGAGAGGGACUGUGCCGUGUACCGAGGACGCAUGGAGAGGAUCGCCAAGCACAGCGCCACCAGCAGGGAGGAACAGGCCCUGCGCACAGAGCAGGCACGCCAGGAACUGAUCAAUCAGGUCAGGCAGUCGGCCGCCAAGACCCUGGAGAGCAUCCGCGGGCGCCAGGUGUCGCAGCGUCUGGCUGAAGAGGCAAAGAAGAGGGAACGCUUUGAAGAGCUGAGACAGCACUUGGAGCAGGAACAAGAGUGGCACAGUUUAGCCAGGAGGAAGGAGCAGGAGGAUGAAUUCAGCUUUGCCAGGGAGCUGAGAGACCGGGAGAAGCGACUACAGGCCCUGGAGGAGCAGCUGGAGAUCAGAGCCAGGAAGGAACUGAUUGCCCAGUACAGCCACCUAUCAGAGGAGGCGGCCAAGAGGGAGUGGCGGGCCAUGUGGAGGGUUCAGCGAAUGAGACUGGAUGAUUCCCGGGCCCAGUUCCUACAGCAAGACCAACUGGAGACUGAGGCUAUUCUGGAGAAGUAUCCUGUCGGAGGGCAGAGACCCCCUCUGGAAAUACUACAGCCAGCUCCAGCUCAGACCACUCAACCAUUAACACAGGAGUCCCUAUCUCCGGAGCCCUGUGAGCAGCAGUCUAAGGAGGCAACCCAGGCCCCCAUCCAUCACCAAUCCGCACCCCCCGCCACGAAACUCGACCUCACCCUCGUCUCAGAGCACAUCGACGCCAAUGACUUCCUGCCCAAGCCGGCCAACAGCCUACAGGUGGACCAGGCCCUACAGGAAAUUGGGUCGGACCUCCCGGAGGCUCUUGCGCCUCAUAAACCCGUAGACUAUGACUUUAGCGCCCCCUACAGUCCCCUUGAGGGAGUGACGGCCCCAGCCCUGGCUAGACCUCGCUGGGGUCCUGAGUCCACUCUAGGUAUGGGGUGUGUGGUGUCCGGGACUUUAGCUCUCCCGUCUCCGCUACCUGGAAGUACCUACGGCCAUUCUUCAGACUCCACUAUGGGCGUAGGGUGUGUGGUGUCAGGAGCUGAGGUCCUCCCCAGGCCCAGUCCUCACGGCCAGGCCUCCCAGUCUAGCAUCCCCCUGGGUCAGUACUCCUCUGAUGUGCCCCUGGCUCUCCACACAGCCAAUGUCCACGGACACCCCUCCCAGACCACAGUGCAGCUGGCGGAUGGAAGUGAGGCAAAGCAGAUGGACAGCAGGCAGGAGAAUACGGAAGACCCAUCACCUCCAGGGGGCAUCGUAAAAGAGGCUGAAGGGACUGUAGAGGCAUCAUGCCUGGUGGAGAUGAAGCCAGCUGAGAUAGAGAAACUAGAUCGUGUUGGAGCAGAGGAACAGACGGCUGGUUCUCUCAGGGAGGCUUCUGCCUCCUCCACCCCAGAGCAGGGCCAUGACAGUGGGUAUCAUCCAGGACAGGCCUCCCCUUCCCUCUCUGGACCCUCCAGUGUGUCCGAGCUCCCUACUGCCAACAUUCAAGGCCAUGCCUCAGAUGCUCAUAUUAAAGUCGGAGACCAUGUUUCAGAUGUGGAAGCCCCUCUCCCUUCUCAAAACGUUCAUGGUCACUCAUCUGAUGCUAACAUAAAGGUAGGAGAGUUUGUUUCGGAGGUGUACGCUAUGCGUGGACGCCACUGUAUGCAAGGUCACGCAUCUGACGCUCAUAUUAAAGUUGGAGACCAUGUUUCAGAUGUGGAAGCCCCUCUCCCUUCUCAAAACGUUCAUGGUCACUCAUCUGAUGCUAACAUAAAGGUAGGAGAGUUUGUUUCGGAAGUGACUGCUCCUCUUCCGACCCCCAAUGUUCACGGUCACGCAUCUGACGCUCAUAUUAAAGUUGGAGACCAUGUUUCAGAAGUGGUCGCCUCCCUUUUCACCCAGAACAUUCACGGUCAUGCCUCGGACUCUCACAUCAAGGUCGGGGAGCACAUGUCAGAAGAGGUCGCCUCCAUUCACACCCAAAACAUCUACGGUCACUCAUCCGACACUCACUUCAAGGCGGGUGAGUUUGUGUUGGACGCAGAGCCCUCCCGACCACGCUGGAGCAAGCAUGGUCACGCCUCAGACUGCACACUUCAAGUAGGCUGUGUGAUGUCAGGCACAGAACCAGUACUCUCCCCUUUACCUGGUAGCACCUACGGCCAUUCCUCUGAGUCCACUCUAGGUAUAGGGUGUGUUGUCUCUGGGGUUGAACCCCUUCAUGCUCCUCUACCUGGAAGUGACUUUGGACACGCCUCAGACUCAACCCUGGGUGGAGGGUGUGUGGUGUCAGGAACAGUAACCCUUCCUUCUCCGAUACCCGGAAGUGACUACGGCCAUUCGUCAGAUUCAGCGAUGGGCGGAGGGUGCGUGAUAUCUGGGAUUGAACCCGUUCGCGCUCCUCUUCCCGGCAGCAACUUCGGACAGUCCUCAGACUCCACACUGGGCACAGGGUGUGUGGUGUCGGGUGUAAACCCUCUGCCCUCCCCCAUCCCUGGCAGUAUCUACGGCCACAGCUCAGACUCUGCCCUGGGAGGGGGCUGUAAGGUGAAGGACACUGGUAAUGAAUACGACGCCAGGACCCUGGAGCAGCAGGAGCAGCAGCGGCUGGCCGAGGGCAUCUCGUCCUGGGCAGCGGGCUUGGCUCUGUCCCCAGGCGAGAGCUCAGAGAGGGAGUACCUCCGCUCCCUGGCUGCUCAGUACCAGGUGGAGCAGUACGAGGACUGCUACGGUCUCAUGACGUUGGCUCCAGAGUGUCACCCCCUGCAUCAGGUGACGCGGGGCCCCUGGGGCCUCCCGGUGGACCCGUCGCUCCGCAGGGCCACAGACACCACGGUGGUGCAGCUUAGUGGGAUGGUCUCUCUGCCCGUCCUCAUGAAGCACUCUGUCACCACCCCACUCAUCACACAUGUAUCCUUGGUGAACAAGGCGGUGGUGGACUACUACUUCGUAGAGCUUGGAGUGGAGAGGCAUUUUGAGGCCCUCAGGCACUUCUUGCUCAUGGAGGACGGGGAGUUCGCCCAGUCUCUUAGUGACCUGAUCUUUGAAAAGAUGGGCAGUGGUCAGACUCCUGGAGAGCUGUUGACUCCUCUGGUCCUGAACUCCAUCCUGAGUAAGGCUCUUCAGUACAGUCUUCAUGGAGACAGUUCUCUGGCCCCUAACUUCACCUUCGCCCUGCGCUUCCUCCCGGAGACCUUCCAUCCUCACGCCCCCGACGCACUCAACUGCCUGGAGCUACGGUACAAGGUGGACUGGCCGUUGAACAUCAUAAUCACAGACAGCUGUAUGAACAAGUACAACCGUCUGUUCUCCUUCCUGCUGCAGCUCAAACACAUGGUGUGGAGCCUCAGAGACGUCUGGUUUCACCUCAAGAGGACUGCGCUGGUGAAAGGGGCGGGCCGCUCGGUGCAGUUCCGCCAGCUGCAGCUGUACAGACACGAGAUGCAACACUUUGUGAAGGUGAUCCAGGGAUACAUCGCUAACCAGAUCCUGCAGGUGUCCUGGUUAGAGUUCACCACCAAGCUGGCCAGUGCCUCGGACCUGGACGCCAUACACCGCAUACACGCCGACUACCUCAACAGAGCUAUCUUCAGGGGUCUGCUGACAGAGAAGGCAGCUCCAGUCAUGAACAUCAUCCACAGUAUCUUCAGCCUGAUCCUGAAGUUCCGGGCCCAGCUGAUCGCACAGCCCUGGGACAGCCAGCAGGGGGAGGCAGUGCACCCCAGCUUCAUCGCCAUGCAGCAGUCAUACAACACUUUCAAAUACUACUCCCACUUCCUCUUCAAAGUGGUGACCAAGCUGGUGAACCGAGGAUAUCAGCCACACCUGGAGGACUUCCUGCUCCGCAUCAACUUCAACAGCUACUACAAAGACUCCUGAACGUACGUGUGUAGAACACUGUGUGUGCCUGUGUUGUAGAUCAUCAGAGUAGGCCUCGUAGGUGUCUAAACUAAUGAUACGUUGAAUAUUGUGUACAAAUCUCUCCCCCACACCCAUUGCAGUUUGUGGUAAUGUAUAUUUGUGGCAUGAAUAAUAUACCGUAGUUUCUUUUAAUAUGUGCGUUGUAUUUACAUUUUUAAAAUGUACCUCGACGACCUGUUUGACAGCUUCAAUGUGCCUGACCAUACAGUAUUAUGCCUCCUGUCCACAAUGGUGUCUGCUAUCAAAGUCAGUGAUGAUAACCCCAUUCCCCUAACAACGGUAGCCAAAGCUCAGGUGCCURUCCUCUGCCCACCCCAUUCCUAAGCCCUGUGUGUCAAUUAAAGAAAUGCUUCAUUUUGUGAUGUAAAAACAUUUAAAAGGAGUAAUAAAAUGUCACUUAUAUUUAUUAAAGAUUGCAUGUUAACAUUUUUGGAAAACUAUAGGUCAAACAAUGAAUGUAAAGUUAUGUGGGGGGGAGCACUGUCAUAUACAACCAAAGGUAUUUUACAAAAGAGA